UUUGAUAUGUAGUGUUUACUUUUCAUAUUAAAGGUUAUGUUUAUUUAUAAAAGUUUUCUCUGAUGAGACGAAGUAUAUAACAAAAUACAAGUCCGAAAUCACUUAAUACUUCGUAAUAUUUUUGUGUAGUGAAGAAUCUAUUCUCAUAUUCUUUAUACAAUGACACUAUUUGAAUAUUUAUCAACUAGUGAGAAAGUUCGUUCUGCAUUACAUCGGGAUGUUGUAGCUAUUUGCACCGAAGCUAGCCACUGUCUUGGGCUGGAAAUAACGAGGCCAGCAACGGCAAUAAUAGCCGAACUCGUCUUUAGAAAAAUUUCAGCAUACGGAUUGGAUUUAGAAGCAUUCGCUAAACACGCCAAGCGUUCGGUGAUAAAUCAAGACGAUGUUAAAUUAUUAGCAAGGAGGAACAGUUCAUUGAGGGAUCGUCUCAAUGGAUUAUGUAAAAAUACACCCUCAGUAUCCAAGGACAAGCGUCGCAAAACAACAGUACCAGUUGUGAAACCAGAAUCAACUAGAAAAGAAGUAGAUGAUGAAAAUCAGAAUAAGAAACAAAAGGUAAAUAUGGAUGAUGAAUUUAACUUACCUGGACCAUCAAAAGUAUCGGACAAUAUGAUUACUGAUGAUCCCGAUGCUGAUGACGAUGAUAUUAUUUUAAUGGACUAAAGAGGUUCUUGUUAGAAAAGGAUGCCAAUAAUCGGUGAGAGAGAUGGAAUAUUUUUUGUAUGUUUCGUCUUUAUAUGAUAUUGGAUUAUGUGUCCAAUGUGUUGUGAAUUAAAAUGCCUUAUUCAAUUAGA